AUGCCGACCUUGAGGGUGCAGGCGCCCGCCAGUCACGGCCGCGCCUUGCGCCGUUUCGACACAAUCGCGAGCCAGGGCUCGGUCCGCCCGCGUGCCCGCAUCCCUGUCGACUUCCGCACCCUGUCGAUCCAGGUCACCGAGAGCCGCGCCGUUCCCAAGGCGACCGGCCUCCCCGAGAAGAAGAACAAGGACCUCGACGACCUCGCCUCGCUCGACUGGCACACCCUCAGCCCCGACGAGGUCGCACAGCGUCUUGGCGUCGCGCCACAAGCCGGCCUCGACAACCAGGUGGUCGCGCGCCGGCUCUCGUCGGACGGCCGCAACGUCAUCACGCCCGCUCGCGCCAACUGGCCCCGCAAGAUCUUUUUAUACUUCUUCGGCGGCUUUGGGUCCCUCCUGUUCGUCGCCUCGGUCCUGUGCUUCGUCGCCUGGCGGCCGUUGGGCGACCCGAAUCCGGCCGUCGCCAACCUCGCCCUCGCCGUCGUCCUGCUCCUCGUCGUCAUCCUCCAGGCCUUCUUCAACGCGCUCCAGGACUACAAGACGACUCGCACAAUGUCGUCGAUUGCGAGUGUCCUGCCGACCGCGGUCCUCUGCCGUCGCGACGGCGCCACCGUCGAACUCGCUGCAGCCGACCUCGUCAAGGGCGACAUCGUCCUUCUCAAGAUGGGCGUGAAGGUGCCGGCCGACCUGCGCCUCAUCGACGUCUCGCCCGACUGCCGCUUCGACCGCUCGAUCCUCACAGGCGAGAGCGUCCCUGUCGGUGCCACCGUCGAGAAGACCGAGGACAACUUCCUCGAGACGCUCAACAUCGGCCUUCAAGGCACGCUCUGCACAGACGGUACCGCUACCGGCAUCGUCGUCGGCUGCGGCGACUCGACCGUGUUCGGCCGGAUCGCCAAAGCGGCAGGACGCUCUCGUCCGCUCCCGUCGACGCUCGAGGAGGAGGUUCGGCACUUUGUCACGAUCAUCGCGAGCCUGGCGGCCGCCGUCGUCGUCCUCAUCAUCAUCCUCUGGGCAGCCUGGCUUCGAGUCGCGCACCCGGGCUUCAUCACGGUCCCGGUCCUCAUCAUCGACUGCGUCUCGGUCGCCGUCGCCUUCAUCCCCGAGGGUCUGCCCUUCUGCGUCACCAUGUCGCUCACCGUCAUCGCGAACAAGAUGGGCAAGAAGGGGAUCCUCGCCAAGUCGCUCACGACGGUCGAGGCGCUCGGCGCCGUGUCGGUCCUCGCCUCGGACAAGACCGGCACGCUCACCCGGAACACGAUGACCGCCGUCAGCAUGACCGUCGGUACCUCGUCGUUCACCGCCGCCGACGCUCGCCGCAUCUCGGUCGACGCCGCCAACCCGACGCACAUGGCGCUCAACCAGGUCGUCGCCGUCGCCGCCAUCUGCAACGACGCAGAGUUUGUCGUCUGCGAGGACAAGGACAUGCCGCUCGAGGCGCGCAAGGUCGUCGGCGACGCCACCGAUACGGGCCUGUUGCGCUUCGCCGAGUCGUGCUCGCCGGUGUCGUCGGUCCGCAACGCCGUCGUCGUCAAGCAGAAGCUCGCGUUCAACUCGAAGACCAAGUUCGCCGUCAAGCUCUGCGCCAGGGCGCACGCCUCGACUGCAGCGCUCCCUGCGCUCUUUGACGGCGACGAGUGCAGCGACCAGGUCCUUCUCGUCAAGGGCGCUCCCGACAUCCUCAUGCCUCGCUGCGCCUCGAUCUUGCGCACCGAUGGGUCGGUCGAGACUUUCACGGCCGAUGCCGUCGCCGCUCUCGUCGCCGUCCAGUCGCGUUACGCCGCCCUCGGACAGCGCGUCCUCCUGUUCGCCAAGCGCUCCAUCUUGCCCGAGUACACGGCCGACCUCAUCGGCACCGAGGAGGACCAGCUCUUGUCUCUCGUCGAGAGCCUCACGGUCGUCGGGCUCGUCGCGCUUGUCGAUCCGCCCAAGCACGACUCGGAGGAGACGGUCGCGAGGUGCCGCGCCGCCGGGAUCCGCUUCUUCAUGGUCACGGGCGACUUUGCGCUCACCGCCGCCGCCAUCGCUCGCCAAGUCGGCAUCAUCACGGCGCCGGCCGAGUCGGUCAAAACGGUCCAGCAGCUCUCACGCACGGCCGACGACAAGGAGAAGGCGUCGAUCGUCGAGGGCGUCAACCAGGCCAAGACAGCGCUCGUGCUGAGCGGCCCCGAGAUGCUCACCCUGAGCGAGGAGCAGUGGGACCAGGUCCUCAAGUUCGACGAGAUUGUCUUUGCCCGCACGUCGCCUCAGCAGAAGUUGCAGAUCGUCAAGCGCUUCCAGGCCGCCGGCGAGACGGUCGCCGUCACGGGCGACGGGGUCAACGACAGCGCCGCGCUCAAGCAGGCCGACGUCGGUGUCGCUGUUGCAGGAGGGUCCGAGGUCGCCAUGGAGGCUGCCGAUCUCGUCCUCCUCGACGACUUCUCGGCCAUCGUCGCGGGCGUCGAGGCCGGUCGUCUUUGCUUCCAAAACUUGCGCAAGAGCAUCCUCUACCUUCUUCCCGCCGGGUCUUUCUCCGAGCUCAUGCCGGUCCUCCUCAACGUCUUCUUCGGCCUCCCUCAAGCCCUCAGCAGCAUCCAGAUGAUCAUCAUCUGCGCGACGACGGACCCGCUGCCGGCCUUGAGCCUCACGUACGAGGCGCCCGAGGCCGACCUCCUCCUGCGCCCUCCCCGCGACCGCAAGAAGGACCGCCUCGCCGACUGGCGCCUCCUCCUCCACGCCUACUCGUUCCUCGGCCUCCUCGAGUCGCUCACGGCCAUGGUCGGCGCCUUCUACUUUGGCUUCCACCGCCGGGGCAUCGCCUUCUCGUCGUUGUGGCUCAAGUACGGCGGCUACGACAUCGACCCCGACCUCUUGGCCGAGGCGACGAGCGUCGCCCAGUCGAUCUACUUCUUCACCUUGUUGGGCUGUCAGCUCGGGUCCCUCCUCGCCACGAGGACGAGGCGCCUGUCGAUCGUGCAGCAGGACCCGCUCUUCAACCCUCGGACCCGGAACUGGCGCCUGUUCGGCGCCAUGGCCUGCUCCCUCCUCAUCGGCUUCUUCUUCCACUUCGUCCCCUGGUUCCAGCGUACGUUCGGGACGCGCGGCGUCCCCGUCGAGAUGGUCUUCCUCCCCGUCGGGUACGGCGGCGCGCUCCUCCUCCUCGACGAGGCGCGCAAGGCGGUCAACCGCCGGUGGCCCAAGGGCGUCCUCGCGUGCUUGGCGUGGUAG